GACUCUUUGGUUUCCCUGCUGUGCACAGCCUCAGAAUCUGUGCUAAUUUUUUCUAUUUUUAGUAUAGACAGUGUCUCACUGUUGCUGAGGCUGGUCUCAAACUCCCGAGUUCAAGCGAUCCUCCCCACCUCGGCCUCCCAGAGUGCUAGGAUGACAGGCGUGAGCCACCACGCCAGCCAGGAUUCCUGAAUUUUUAACCAUUAGCUGCCAUGAGCCAGUGUGAGCCACUCCAACACUCCAGGGCUUUAGAAUCUUUUCUGAUGCAGGAAACCCACUCAUGCUAUCUUAGGAUAAAAGAAAAUGUUCUGGAAGGCCACUGAGAUGCCUUGCAGAAGACAGGGCAGGACACAUAUCUAGGUGUCCCAGGACUUGGCCAGGCAGGAACCAGGGCGGGUCCUUUUUCCAUGGGCCGCAUGAUCUCUUGGGUCUUAUAUCUCUGCCUCUGCUUCGUUCAAAUUGUUCUAGCCAUGUGACCUUAGGAGAGCUUCUUAAGCCUCUCUGAACCUCAGUUGCCCCAUCUGUAAAAUGGGGCUCAAAGUUCCAACCUCAUUGGGUUGAGUCAGUGAUGGGCACCCAGCAUGUGCUUAAUGAUUGUUGGGGAUUAGAGGUUGGUUUUGUCCGGAGCUGGCUGCUGGUCAAAAUCUCCUUCCCCUGUGUGGGAAGGGGCAGCCUCUUGUGAGUGCUUGGCCUAGGUCAGGUGAGUGAGUACAUUACCUCCCCUGCACCUGGAUGGUGGGGACACAGGAAGCAGCUAGAGGAGGUGGAGGGAAAUCCCGGGGCAGCCCUAGCCUGGCUGGCCAGCUCUGUCCUGGAUUAUGUGGGCUGCCUUGGCAUCCUUCCCAUUAACCCUCCUGUUGCUCGGACACAGCCAGAGCCAGGUGUGGCAGGUCUAUGUGCCACCAGCCCAGUCCCCAGGGGAGGACUGUAGGAAAUCCUACUGGCCAGCCUGGGUCAGGUGCCCACUUCUGGUCUACUGUGGUCAUCCCUGGCCAGGGGACAGGAUCUCCUAAGCUAGUCAUCCAUCCAGUCAGUGAACUGAGUGCCCAUCCUGAGUCAGACACUGUUGUAGGUGCUAGGGGACACAGCCAGGGACAAGACACGGCCUAGCCUCCUGGAGCUGGCGUUCUAGCGACUGAGAGGCAUAUACAUUUCCUAUCAGUGCUGUAACAAAUUGCUACAAAUUUAGCAGCUCAGAUUUGAUUAUCUUACAGCUCCGGAGAUCAGAAGUCUGAAAUGGGUUUCAUUAAGCUGAAGCCCAGGUGUUGGCAGGGCUGUUCCUCCUUCUGGAAGCUCUAGGGCAGAAUCCAUCUCUUGCCUGUACUGGCGUCUACAGGCCACAGGCACUCCUUGGCCAGGGCCAUGUCCCCCGUCUCCACAGCCAGCAAUGGCCGGUUGAGUCUCUCAACGCGGCUUCCCUCUGACUCUUCUGUUGACACGUCUCUUUCUGUGACUCUAGUUCUCCCGCCUCCCUCUUUCACUUAGCAGGACCCUUGUGUGACAUCGGGCCAUACCCCGGAAGUCCAGGAUGAUGGCCCCAUCUCAAGGUCUUUAGCUUAAUCACACCUGCAAAGUCCCUUUUGCCAUGUAAGGUCACAUAUUGACAGGUUCUGGGGAUUAGGAUGUGGACAUCUUUGGGGGCCAUGGCAGUCAGAAAACAAGUGAAAAACCCAGAAAAGUGUGACCAUUCAGGAAGCUAAACCUGGCUGGACAGGAAGUGAGGCGAAGUGGGCAGGGAGGACAACUCGGGACAGGCUAGGCCUUGCUGCGGUGACGCACAAAGCUGGUCUCCUGCUCACACUACCCAUUCACCCAGGGUUGGCAGGGUCCUAAGCUCCUCAGAGUCACACCGGGCACUCGGCUGAGGGUGGCCUCUCUUGAUGCAUCUGCCACCAAUGCAGAGCCACUCUCCAGCCCUGUAGGCUUCCAGCCAGAAGUGUCACCUGUCAUUCUCGCCCUCAUGCCAUUGGCCAAAUCAAGCCAUGUGGCCAUGCCUGAGUUCCACAGGAUGGGUGUAGAAUCCUCCAGCAGAUAUUUGGGGACAGUAUACCAUGGAUGGACAAUGAGCAAGACAUUCCAAGGACCCAAGCUGUGGAAUGGACCUUAUGUUUUCUCAUUUACUACCUCACCCCUCGGUUUGGAAUUGAAGAAACUGAGGCUUAGAGAGGUCAAGGGGCGGACUAAGCUCCCACAGUGGCAAAGCCAGAGCCAGAAUGCCACUCGCCAGGCCUGAUGUGACAAGACAUCCCCGAGUCCUGUGUGCCAGGCUUUGGGAGGCAAAGCUGGAGCGCCCGAGGAUGGUCAGGCCCAGCCACGCAACAGGCUCCCCGCUGCCACAGCUCCCGGAGCCAGAUCCCGCUUUGAGCCCCGCUCUCCGUGCCUGCGCCCUGCGUGGUCAGGGGGACAGUCCCCAGCUCGGCCCUCAGGCACAGAGAGAGCUCUGCGAAGGCGCCAUUGGCGGCGUGGGCGGCCACCUGUCGCCACCAGGGGGCGAUCUCUGCCCCGGCCCAAAUUCCACCCCUGCUCAUUCUCUCCCCCAAAAAACUUCCUUUCACUUUCAGUCUCUGCUGUCACCCGGCUUGGCCCCUUCCACACCCAGCUGGGGCAAGCCUGGUGUGUGAGGAGCACUGGACUCCAGGUCCCCGAGGGGCGGAGCCGGGGUCUCCAGUCCUAUGGCAGAGGCUGCAGGCGAUGGGGGGUCGGGCUCCCGAGUCCCUGACCUGGGGAGGGUUCUGGGGACCGGACGUCGGGGUUCUUGAAAGGGGAGAUGAGGAGAUUUCACCGUAACUGGGGCUCGUGCAGGAAGCCUGGGGGAGUCAGAGGCGGAAACUCGGCCACAUCAAGGGCACGGCAGAGGGGCGGGGAGCAGAAGGGGCGGGCGAGGAGGAAAGGGCUGGGGUGUAGGGGUCCGAGACUUCUUCUGUCCCUUCCAAGACCCGGCCACAAGCAUGAGGGGCCGCGGGCCGAGAUGACAGUGCUGUCACCAGCCUGGAGCCCAGCUACGCCCCUGCUGCUGCUGCUGCUGCUCAGCGCCAGCCUCCGAGGGACCCAGCACUGCUCCUUCCAACACAGCCCCAUCUCCUCCACCUUCGCCCGCAACAUCGGCGAGCUGUCUGACCACCUGCUUCUGGAUUACCCCGUCACUGUGGCCUCCAACCUGCAGGAAGAGGAGCUGUGCGGGGCACUGUGGCGCCUGGUGCUGGCGCAGCGCUGGAUGGAACAGCUCAAGACCGUGGCUGGGUCCCAGAUGCAAAAACUGCUGGAGGCUGUCAACACCGAGAUAGUCUUUGUCACCACCUGUGCCUUUCAGCCCCUCCCCAGCUGUCUUCGCUUCGUCCAGACCAACAUCUCCUGCCUCCUGCAGGACACCUCCCAGCAGCUGGUGGCUCUGAAGCCCUGGAUCACCCGCCGGAAUUUCUCUCCGUGCCUGGAGCUGCGGUGUCAGCCCGAUGAGGAAACUGAGGCACGGGGCGGGCAGCAGCCUGCUGAGGUCCCACAGCCAGUGCCAGACAGCCUUUCUUUCCUUCUGCAACCCAGCUCUUCUCCUUGGUCACCCAGCCUCCUCUGUCUCCCCAGACCCCUCCACCCUGCCGCCCCCACAGAGCCCUGGCGCCUGGGGGGCCACAGCCCUGCCAGCGCCGCAGCCACCCCUGCAGCUGCUGCUGCUGCUGCCGCUAGUGGCUCUGGUGCUGCCAGCCGCCGUCUGCUGCCUGCGCUGGCGAAGGGCCAGGCGGAGGACGCCCUGCCCUGGGGAGCAGGCACCCCCCACCUCCAGUCCCCAGGACGUGCUGCUUGUGGAGCCCUGACCUGCCUGCGGCGUCAUCUCGAGGAGGACACUGAGGCCCAGAGUGGGGAGUCACCUGCCAGAGGAUGCGCAGCCAGGACGCAGAGGAGGUUGGCUACAAGCUGGUCCCUUCCUGGGCGCCCCUGCUCCUCUUACUCUCUCCCCAGGAUGGAGGCAACGCCAGAACGCAGCACGAGCCCGUCACUCCCCUCUGUACAAAGCCCUUGUCCCCAUGAAACUGUAUAUAAAUCAUCCUUUUCUACCAGCUCUGGCCAGGCCUGUCUGUGGAUGGAAUGGGGUGUGAAUGGGGGAAUUUUGAUUUGAAUCUUGGUGUUUCAGUUAAGGAAAUAGUUCAUUCAAUACUGUCAUCUGGCUGGGCGCGGUGGCUCACGCCUGUAAUCCCACCACUUUGGGAGGCGGAGGUGGAAGGAUCACUUGAGCUCAGCAGUUAGAGACCUCUGCAAUAUAGAGAAGACUCCAACAUUACAAAAAGAAAAAAAUUGUU